AUGGACCUAAAGUUACUAACAAAGCUGCAAGCCAUGCUUAAGAGUCUCCAUAACUCCAAACUCUCAUCAAACCAGUGUGGCUCGAGCCUUGUCCAAACCAUAGAUGCACCGUUACCUCUGGUUUGGUCCCUUAUUAGACGCUUUGAGUAUCCACAGGGUUACAAGAGGUUCGUAAAGAAAUGCACCAUGCUGGUUGGUGAUGGUGCCAUUGGGAUCAGCGUGCGUGAGAUCAUGGUUACGUCUGGAUUGCCAGCUCGAGUUAGUGUUGAGAGGUUAGACAAGUUUGAUGAUGACAAGCAUGUUCUCAAGUUUAGCAUCGUUGGCGGGGAUCACCGGCUUCUGAAUUAUAGUUCCACGAUUACUUUGCAUGAGGAGGAAGAGAAUUUUGCGGGGAAGAUAGUGGCGAUAGAGUCUUACCUGGUGGAUAUUCCGGCGGGGAGUAGUGGCGAGGAUACAUGCUCUUUUGCUAAUACCAUUAUAGGUUGCAAUCUUAGGUCCUUGGCUAAGACCACGGAAGAAAUGGUUCGUAUGGCUCAUUAAGACUUGCUUAGUUUGAUGUGUUACUGUUGUUAUUCUCUUUGUUUGUUACUCUAUGGAUCUACUAAUUCCUAUGUAGACUGAGAUGUGUAGUUGUAUGAGUUAUGGAUUUAGUACCUUAU